AUGCCUCUACCCUUCCUUCCAGGAUUUACAUUCACUAACACGAUUGGGCAGACUAGAUUUCAUAAACCACAUCAUUUCGAACUCUACAACAAACUCCCGAUUUUAUCGGUUAGAGAAAAGCCUGGAAUAGGAGGAGAAUCUGUAACAAAAUCAGAAUCAGAAAAGCGCAUAAAUCUACCAAAGCCAGCUGAAGCUCCAGAACUUCCGGCAUGGAUUGCAUAUGACAAACAGGUUCUCUGUUUCGAUGGCUUCUUUCAAGAGUCUGUUGAAGAAACGAAAGGAUACGCCUACCAAAUACGAAAGUGCAGAAUAUAUUUUUAUCUUGAAGAUGGUACUGUGCAAGUUAUUGAGCCAAAAGUGGUCAACAGUGGAAUUCCGCAAGGGACGCUCAUCAACCGACAGCGCAUCCCGCGGCCGCCGCCGCACAGCGACGAGUUCUACGACAUUCUCGACUUCAACGUCGGCCGCGAAAUUGAGCUGUUCGGGCGCGUCUUCAAGCUCACCAGCUGCGACGCCUUCACCCGCGCCUUCCUCAGCCGAAUGGGCGUUCCCGUUCCAGAGGCCAUCGCUCAACCCAUAGAUCCGUACACCAACAUCAGAGAGCAGACGGACACGCGGCUGGCGAAGAAACCGAACCGCACGAUAGACACUCGCGGGCAGUUCCUGUCCCUGGACCGCAAGGUGCUGCGCUUCUACGGCUACUGGGACGACAGGGAGAGCGAGCACGGCAUGCUACACCGGCUCGAGCUGCAGUACUUCCUGGCGGACGACACGAUCGCCAUCAAGGAGCACGUGCCGCCCAACUCCGGCCGCGACUCGGGCUUCAUGUUCUGCCGCCGGGGGAAGCUGCCCAAGACGUUCGAGGCGCUGCCGCCGGUGGGGUCGGAGUCUCCGCUGACGCUGCUGAACGUGCUGUCGAGCGCGGGCAAGGGCGAGGGGCCGACCAACUACCGCUACGUGGCCGACGCCCUCGGCUGCGCCGCCGCCAGGCCGCACAACUUCUACCGCGACUCCGACCUGGCCAUCGGCGCCUGCAUCAACUGCUUCGGCCGCAAGGUCGUGCUCACCGACUGCGACGACUUCACCAAGGCCUACUACCACGCCAAGUACGGAGUCGGAGACAUUAAGCCCAUUGAACAGCCAAUUUCGCUGGAGGACGCCCCGUGUGAGAAGCCACCACCACGAGAGCUACCGCCUUAUAACGGUUAUGGAUCUUACGAAGAUUCCGCUGGAAACUGCCGUACUGUCUUGCCGACUCCACCAAGACGCGACUUCGUCAAGUUCCUGCACAAAGACAGGCAGGGACUCGAUAGCUUCGUGCUGAGAUUCAAAGCCGAAAUGAUCAGCAAAAUACCAGAAAACCGAGGACGAAUAUUCAUCAUCAGUUAUUUUUUAUCUGAUGACACAAUUUCGGUAUUUGAAGCCCAACAGACAGGUUUUAAGGGAGGUAUGUUUUAUGCACGUGACAAGAUGUACAAACCUGGUCAAGAUUUUUUUACAAAUAAAGAACCAGACGCCUACACUACCCAGGAUUUGUUCGUUGGGAACGUUCUCAAUAUCCACGAAUUUCUUUUCCGACUAGUCGCCGCCGACGAAUAUGCUCUGCGAUAUAUGGAGAUUAAUUCUAACGAGUUUCCAUGGAGCAAUAUUCACUUUGUCAUGGGAAAAGUUCGAGAAGCAUUGAAACCUGUGUACAAGGACUUCGUAUGUAAAUACCUAAUUUCCAAAGAGGAUAGCGCACAGUCUCGAUUAAUAACGUUUAAUGAACUGAGAAGCGCUAUUAAGGAAGUACUGGGUGAUACCAUCAAAGAACAUGAAAUAAUAACUCUGGCGCGUCAUUACGGCGUGCGCUGCAAACGAGAAAAAAUAACAAAAGAUCAAUUAAGGUCCAUAGUCCAUACGGAACUUCGCCGGUAUCUCUUCUGUGCACUUGACAGAAUGAUGGAAACAUUUCGCCACCUGGAUGUAGAACGGACUGGUUUUCUGCCCAAAGAUAAAGUUUACCUCACGUGUCGCGCGAGCUGCGUCCCUCUGGACAAGGACGUGCUAGCGGCUGUGUUGGAAAGGAUGGAGCAUAAUGAACGUGGUCACAUUUCUUAUCUAGAACUGGGUGAUUUUCUGAACACAAAGAAGGAGAAAGCGGCUCCUUGUUUACCAGAUGACUAUAGGAGAGACCUGAGUUUUGUGUACGCCAAACUCGAGCCAGCCGUUUCUGUUAUUGAUUUUGAUUCUUUUCUGAAGGACCUUGACCUCGAGAAGACUAUUGUCAAUCAGAGCAGUUGA